AUACAGACAAAGACGAGUGACACAUAUUUGAUUUAAGACUAGAUGAUUGCGUAACACAAAGGUGGACAUCCUAGCUUUGUGAAAACAGCAAGGACGCCAUUGUGAAAUAGCUUGAUCUGUUUUUCUUCUUUUUUUUUUUUGUUCUCUGCUGUAAUCACUGAGGGCUUUAUUCUUUGAUUUUGAGUUAUGUUUAUUGUAAUAAACCAGUCAUUGUUGGCCUAUCCUCAAUAUUUUAAGUACUACCAGAACCUUGUAAGCACCUUAUUUUUUAUAAUCAGUCUGCAUGAUCUCAACACACCUUUUCCUAGUUACACUGCUCAGUUCAAACGUUUAAAAUCAAAAGUGAUUGUCAAUAUUUGCAUAGAAAUGUCUACAAAUUGUGAUAAGGUCAUUUUGGGGACCCCCCUUCGGCGACAAAGUGCAGUACAGCCUCCAUGAAGCGACAAACCAGUGAGAGCAGCGACUGUCAGUGAGGCGAAAUUGAUCGCGUUUAGAUAAAACAAGAAAUACAGCACAUUAAAUGCCCUGCUUUAACCCACCUCUAUGACUUCUCCAGAAGAUGAGAGUGUUCCCUGGAGGCUAAUAGGCCCUGUGUCGGAGCUGUCCAAGAAACAAUGCCGACUGAUCUAUUCGUCUGAGGGACGCGACGCGGAUGUUUGCCUGUUUCAGGUGAACGGGGAAUUCUUCGCGAUGGACGCUCGCUGCGCUCAUUCGGGAGGUCCGCUGUGUGAUGGAGAUAUCGAGGAGGCCGAUGGUGUUCUUCAGGUUUUCUGUCCUUGGCAUGACUAUGACUUCAAUCUCAAAACGGGGAAAUCAAGCACAGGUUUACAGCAACAAGUUUUUGAAGUGAAAUUGGAGGAUGGCAAUGUAUACGUCAAGCACGCAAGUGAGCUCUCGUUACAACCUUUUGGCCAGGUCAAGGAAAACUGAACUUGUUGGUUACGGCAAUGUUUUGUUCCCUCAAACUAAAACAUCUGCUUGGAUCUCGUAAUAUUUGAAAAAGAUGCAGAAUUUUAGUUGAAUAAACUUUCCCGUUCCCAGUGGAGCAGCUGUUAACAUUUGUGACAAUUUGUAUAUAUACACUACGAAUCAAAGAUAAAUUGUUCUUUAAUGUUGUAAGCAAAUUACUUCCAAUGAACAUUGUUUUCUGACAUUUUAAUUAUAUAUUUUAUGUUUUAUUUCAAUUGUGAAUUUCUUAAAAUGUAAGUUUGCAAAAUGUAUAUGCAAGAUUGAUUGAACUCAGGGAAAAUGGGGUUACAGAUUUAGUUAGCUGUACAUUUCAGCGGUUUAAUUAGAUGUAGUUUGAGAUUCAGAAUUGUUAGCACUCCAGAGAUGUUAAUGUGUUUCUCUCUAGGGCCAUAACAAAUGUUUGAGGUUGUAACUUUCCAUAAUUAUACUUUCUGAGAUCCAGCCCUCUUGAGUGUCAGGUAGACUUUUACCACUGGGGGAAAAAAAUGA